AUGGAAGAAACUCCGCGUCCUAGAACCCAAAGACUUCCGUCCAGGUUGGAUAUCCUUUCAAAUGGGUUGAAGCUUGAUGUAAGAGCGCAUCAAAGAACGUACGAAGGUGCGUACACUAGGACUGCCAUAGGAGCGUUAUCCUUCUCUAUUUUAAUUAUUAAACUUUUUCUGAAAGAGUUUUUGCCUGUCGGUGCUGUGUAUACUAUUUAUGGCUGCGUUUUGUAUUUUUUCGGGGUGUUUAAGUCUGCAUCUGUUGAUGUGUUCUACAAUCCUGAUAAGGACAUGGUAUUGUAUAAGACUGGUGGUGAUUCUGUACUAUUGUUAACGGUGGUGAGUUUAGUGAGUUAUUUGGCACUACUAGUGUUGGUCUGGAGGAUGUAG